AUGUCUUCAGUCAAACGCUAUCACUUCCCGACUGAACAAACUGAAGACUCGGUUCACUGUAUUGUCGUCUGUAUUGACCACUACUUAACCCCCAAAGCAAUGGCCGACUCAUCCGAUGAGCGCAGUUCUGGAGAUGCCGUUCAGAGUCGACUGAAGGAACAGUUGAAGGAUUGGCGAGAAUUGGUGUUGAGAUUGCAUUCACUGCUCAUAUGGCAGACAUCGGAAGCGUCUCCACUCAUCCUAUGGGCGGUCGUGUCUCUGGUCUUUGCUGUGAUCUGGUAUUUGGAUGUCUCGGUGUUGACCACACUCUCGGUGUUAGCGAUGAUGGGUUCAGUCAUUGAUUACGGCCUUCCCGUUGUCAACACUUACCUCUUUGAUCCGUCCAAAUGGAGUUCCUCCGAUGAGACAAAGUUGGAGAAGAUAUGCAGCGAAUUGUCGACCAAUUGGACAGUCAUUGCCGCGUCUUAUAGGGAAUGGCAACACAUGAAGAGCGCAAACCCGCGCCUGUAUUACGCGGUGCUGUUGUCGUCACUGUUAGGCCUGAGUUGGAUCGGAAACGUUGUCCACAACCUUCUCCUCACAUAUCUGUUGGUCGUAUUCGUGGUUUUGUUUCCGGGACUCAAACACAAGGGACUGAUCGACAAAUACUCAGCCCUUGUAUUGAGUUAUGUCUGCAAAUUGAAGAGAAAUUGAUUUCCUUUUCAAACUCUUUAUCCCAUUAUUUAAAUUAUAGCUUAAGUUUUGCCACAAUUUGUUCAUUCAUUGGUAUUAUUCGUUAUUUAAGUCCCAAAUUGUUUGAAACUUUUAGUUUACUUUGAAAGACAUUUGUUUAUAAUUAGAUUAUAAUUAAUUUCUCGAUUGCAUUCACUUUGAAUUGUAAUUAUCGCCACUUUUGCCAAUAUAUUUAAAUCUCAAAUAUAAUUAACACAAAUCCUUUCAAUGCAUGCCUUAAUGGAGUGUUUUAUAAAGAAAUGUCAAAAAGAAAUGUAUUUAUAAAUUAAAACAAUAUUAACUAAA